AUGAAGAUCCCCACAAGCUCCUCCAUUCUUCUGGCAACCCUUGCCAUCUCCUCUUCAUCGACAUCUCUUGCAGCACCCGCUCCCGUUGGUGAGAGCGGCUUAGUUUCUUCUCAAAGCACCAAGGAUGCUCGCGACGCAUACCAUGGGGACGAGGGAGGAGCAGAUGGCUCCAUGCUGGCGCGCAGUGAAGGAGACAACAACCUAGAAGCCCGAGGCAAUGGCAUGGUCAGCGACAUCCUCGCGGGUCUACCCAUCGUUGGACCCAUUGCCAAGGCACUGUUGGUCAAGGACUGCCCUCCUCCCGGUACAGCCUCUGCCGAAUCCGUCUCUGAGGAAGACCUCGCGAAUCUACAAAACGCCGUCGACACCGUCAACGGUGCCCUUUCAGGGAUUCUUCCCAUUUCACCGCCCGUCCCAGUUCCCUCCGAUGCCUUGGGAGGGCUUGUCUCCAUGAUCCCUGCUCCCGCUCCCAUGAAGAGUGCUAUUGCUGGCCUUUCGGACGACGGAGGAGAACCCGAUUCCUCGAACCAACCCUCUGAAGCCGCCUCUAGCGACGUCGUUGGCCCCACUCCCACAGGAGAUGUCGGUGCAGCACAGGCGACUGAACCUUCAGGAACCGGCUCGUCCUUCUUGAUUUCCCCCACCACUACCAUCGCCGCUGAAGGAGCAGACGAAACCCAAUCGCCUUCGGAGUCGACCUUUUUGUCAAGCAGCGACGCUGCAAACGUGGCUGAAGCUACCCCGACAUCUCCUGGUGUUCCGGCUGGCCCACCGAACACUCCUGCGAUGCCCGAAACAACAAGUGACCCAAAUGAUGAUUCAGACGAUGUAGACCCCAGCGAGGAAGAUCCCGAGGCCAAGUGA